AUCCAUACGGACCCUCACUUCCUGGACCCCGUGCAGCUGCAGCCUCCUGGAGCUCUGGACAGAGGAACAUGUCCCCAUUCCCGCCUGCCCUCCUCUGCCUCGGCCUGUGUCUGGUGCAGGCGGCAUGUGUGCAUCAUGGGCACCUCCCCAAGCCCUCUCUGCAGGCUCUGCCUAGCUCCCUGGUGCCCCUGCAUAAGCCGGUGACCAUUCGCUGCCAGGGGCCCCCAGGCAUGGACCUGUACCGGCUGGAGAAGCUGGACACCAGGAAGUACGAGGACCAGGCCAUGCUAGUCAUCCCAGCCAUGCGGACAAGCCACGCAGGACGCUACCGCUGCUCCUACCAGAACGGUUCGCGCUGGUCUCCGGCCAGUGACCACUUGGAGCUGAUCGCCACAGGGGUCUACAGGAAGCCUUCGCUGUCAGCGCACCCCAGCUCGGCUGUGGCCCCAGGGGACGACGUGACUCUGAGGUGUCACACCCAGUACAACUUCGAUGGAUUUGCUCUCUACAAGGAGGGGGACGCCGGGCCCCACAUGCAGCCGGAGCAGUGGUACCGGGCCGACUUCCCCAUGGUCACAGUGACCCCCGCCCACAGCGGGACCUACCGCUGCUACAGCUUCUCCAGUGGGUCGCCCCACCUGUGGUCAGCCCCCAGCAACCCUCUGGAGCUCUCCGUCUCCGGAGCCUCUGCAAACCCCAGCUGGUUGCCCACUGAGGUGCCCUCUUCUGUGACAGAAUCCUCCAGGAUACACAGCAUCUUGCCCGUGAACAAAGUCUCCACAACAGUGACAUCUGAGAACACCACUGUCUCCCCGAGGGGCUCCAGCCCUCCACUAGGUUCUGCCUACCAGCACUACGCCAAGGGCAACCUGGUACGGGUGUGCCUGGGCGCCGUGACUCUGGUCCUCCUGGCUGGGCUCCUGGUGGAGGCCAAGCACAGCUGGAAGAAAGCCCUGCCGCUCCAGACCAAGGUUGACCAUGUGUUCCUGAAACUGCAGCCAGCAAAACCACAGAUGCAGGGAGGACUCUGUAGCCAACAAGUCGACGGCGGCUUCCAUCUUGCCAGAAAAACUAGUCCGGAUCGGCCCCAUGCGCAGGGCCCAGAGGCGCCCGAGGCUGCGGACCACGCACUGCGUGCCGAGCUCUUCUCGCACAUGCAGGGCCGUGGGCAAGCGAGGCUUCUAAACGAGGCACAGCUGGAGCCAACAGCGGCCGAUCAUAAAAGCCUGAGGGCGGAGAAGACCAAGGCCAAGGUGUCAGGGCUGGGGAGCAGCAAGAAAGAUCCCCGUGCCGAGGCGCCAACCUCGCCCACCACAUCCUGGCCUCUCUGCCUGCCAGGCCUUGUCCUGCCCAGGGCUCAGCCCAGCCGCGGAGCAGGCAUCAUGUGGACUGCACUCGCUGCCCUGCUCUACCUUGGGCUGUGUCAGAGCUGGGAGGUUAGCACCCGGAAGCGUGAGUCCUUUCUGCCGAGCCCUGUGUCGCUAUCAGAGACGCUCUGCAAACCCAUCAUCUGGGCCGAGCCCAGUGCGGUGGUUGAGAAGGGGACGCCUGUGACCAUCUGGUGCCAGGGUGCUGCAGAUGCUGAGGAGUUUCAGCUGUAUCUGGAAGGGGCCCUCUUCGCCUUGGAGACACCAAAGCCCCCUAGGCUGAGAUACAGAGUCCACAUCCUUAUUCCAGCCAUGAGCUCCCGCACGGCCGGGCAGUACAGCUGCAGCUACCGGAGUGGGGAGAGCUGGUCGGAGGCCAGUGAUGCCCUGGACCUGGUGGUGACAGGAAUGUACGACACCCCCACUCUCUGGGUUCAUCCGGGGCCCCAGGUGACUCCUGGGGAGCCUGUGACCCUGUACUGCCGCCUGGAGAUCGCGACCAGCAUGUUCGUCCUGCUCAAGGAGGGGAGACCCCACCGCGUGCAGCAUGGCCGGGGCCCUGUGCAAGCAGAGUUCCCCCUGGGCCCCGUGACCGCGGCCCACCAGGGUGCAUACAGGUGCUUCGGGUCCUACAACAGCCAUGCGUGGUCCUUCCCCAGCAAGGCUGUGGAGCUCCUGAUCGAAGGAGAUGGGAACACCAGUUUCAUCCCCACAGACCCCACUCCUGCAGCAGCGCACGUUGGGGAGCACUGCCCUGGAUCUGAGGAGCUGGGAGUCCUGAGAGGCUUGGAUCUCAGUGCCCAGAACCUCCUGAGGCUCGGCCUGGCGUUCCUGGUGCUGCUGGCCCUCGCACUGCUCCUGGCUGAAGACUGUCGAGGCGGGAGGAGGGCUGAAGCUGGAGCCCGCGGGGCCAGGCGAGAAGCACGCAGACCCCAAAGAGGAGGCCGCGACGGGAUCCGGGCUGCGUGAACUUCCACGCUCCACGCAGCUCGGAGCGGGGAGGGGGGGGUGCGGAGGAGGGGUGGAGGCUGCGCUGCUGCGGAGGAAGCCCGGACUGCUCGGGACUCCCCCGGGACCCUUGCAUCUCUGCUGGGCUUGGGGUGUUUGUGCAGCUUCCUGCAAGUGGCCUGGUGACCACGUGGGGGCUUCCUGGGAGUCUCAUUUCUUCAACAGCAGGGCCUCGGGGAUGUUCCUUUCGCUUUGUGUGUGUGUGAGCGUGCAUGUGGAUGUGAGAGUGUGCACACGCACAUGGGUGUGCGUGCAUGUGUGUGUGCAGGCAUAUGUGUGGUGUGUGCAUGGCGUGUGCACAUGCACACGUGCAUGUGCGUGCGCAUGUGUGAGUAUAUGUGAGCGUGAUUGUGUGUGCACAUGUAUGCAUGUGUGUACGCGAGCCUAUGUGGUGUGUGCAUGUGUGAACGCAUAUGUGUGGAUGUGUGUGUUCCUCUGUAAAUGUGAGUGCGAGUAUGUGCACGUGUGUGAGCAUGUGAAUGCAUGUGUAUGCACAUGUGUGUGUGUGUGUGCACAUGUGAGAGCGUGUGUGCACGUGUGAGCAUAUGGCCACGAGUAUGUGAGCAGGUGUGUGCACUGUGUGAGCAUGCAUGCACUUGUGAGUGUGAGUAUGUGUGUGGUUCUGCGGAUUAAACCCAGCGCUUCCCACCGAGCUCCGUGCCUGCGGCUUUCUCUCUUUUAUUUGCUGGACAGACUCUGGCUAAGCCAUAAGGGCGAUCCUGUCUCCAUCUGAAUAAUAAAAUCAGGGCCGGGUGGAGCUCAGUGCAGUGGUUCUGGGUUCUGUGGCGCUGGAAACACUGGGGCUUUUUGGAUCAGAACCAGAGUGGCAGCACCGAGGUCUUCAAAGCUUGGUUACCGUGCUUCAGUAAAACGCUGUUUGCUAAUAAAAUGUAUUUUUCUGUUCCUCGCAGGAA